AUGAAUUGGAAAAAAUUCGAAGACGAUAUACAAAAACAAAUCAAUCUCAAAACUAAAUUAAAAUCCCCAGAAGAUAUAGAAGAUGCGAUCGAAAACCUGACUUCUCUAAUACAACACUCAGCGUGGAACGCCUCCACUCCCAUCCCUGCUAAACCAAAAUCACUUAAUUUACCUUCUUACGUACGAGACCUAAUAGUCCAAAAAAGGAGAGCUCGUGCAGUCUGGCAAAAUAAUAUACUUCCUUCUUAUAAACAAAUAUAUAACAAUCUCAAUGCUAAACUCAAACGCACUUUAUCCAAAAUAAGAUCCGAUUCCUUUUCCUCCUGGUCUGCAUCUCUCGUUACAAAAAACGGAUCCUUAUGGAGAGCCACUCGUAACUGCCUUAAACAAAAAGUCGCUUCAUAUCCUCUAAAAAAUAAUGAUAAUACCUGGUGCACUUCCGACAUAGGAAAACCUGAACUGUUCCGUACUCACUUAGCCUGUGUCUUCCAACCUCAUCCCGACAUUUUUAACCCACAAUUCACAGAAGAAGUUAAAGACUUCUUAACAACUCCGCUUCCUGUAUACUUGCCCCCCAAAGCUUUCUCUCCAAAUGAUAUCUCCCGAUGUAUACUCUCAUUUCCACUUCGAAAGUCUCCGGGUUUCGAUUUAAUAACCGCCGAAAUAGCACGCCAACUCCCUAAAAAAGCCAUUAUAUUCCUCACAUACAUAAUAAACUCAAUUCUUAGACUCACUUACUUCCCCCUACAAUGGAAACUCUCAAUCAUUAUCUUAUUCCCCAAACCUGACAAACCAAUCGAAAAUACCUCCUCAUACCGUCCUAUCAGUCUUUUACCAUUCUUUUCAAAACUAUGUGAAAAACUUAUCCUUAAACGCAUUAUGCCUAUUAUCAACGAAAAACAUAUACUACCUGACACUCAAUUUGGAUUCCGCAACUCCCAUUCAACUAUCCAUCAAAUCCACCGAUUAGUCGAUACCAUCUCCCUAACACUAGAAAAAAAAUACUACUGCCCCACGGUGUUCUUAGAUGUUGCUCAAGCGUUCGAUCGCGUAUGGCAUUCUGGCCUCCUAUUCAAAUUAAAACAAUCUAUUACCUCCACCUUACUACCUAUUCCUCAAGUCUUACUUGGAAAAUCGCCACUUCGCUACACGAGUAGGCAUUGAAACUUCUGAAGUAUCCCCAAUUAUUGCGGGAGUCCCUCAAGGCGCAAUAUUAUCUCCGAUCUUAUUUAACAUCUACUCAGCUGAUCAACCAACAACCCCUAACACAUCUGUAGCCGAAUUCGCUGACGAAAAAGCUAUCUUUACCACACAUUCUGACCCAACCACUGCUUCAAACUACCUCCAAAACCACCUCAAUCUACUAUCCACCUGGUAUACCAAGUGGAGAAUCAAAAAGAAACCACGAGAUACUCCCGCCAAAUGUGCCCUCUGCAAUGGCGACCACCCGGCCAAUUACAGAGGCUGCCGGAUCCAUAAACAACUCCAACAACUUCGUCAAUCCAAUCAGACAAAUCAAAACCGUAAAUAUGUAAACAACACUAAUAAUAUAAUUAACAAAAAUAAUGUAAAUAGCUCAAGUGACUCAAAUAACUGCACCAACGGCGAGCUAGUCGUCUAG